AUGGGUCAGAGCCCUGUUUUGCUGUGUGGGGUGUUUGCAUGCAGCCGGGGUGAUACAUGGUGUGUCCUGCAGGUACCUGAGUCCCAAUUGCCUGCUGCCGGCUGCACCUUCGAGGAGGACGGCGACCCGAACCAGUGCGAGUACAGCCAGGGUGAGGACGAUGACUUUGGGUGGGAGCUGGUCCGCAGCUAUAUGAUGCCACACCUGACGGCUGACCUGCCUCACGGGUCCUACCUGAUGGUGAACUCCUCGCAGCACGCUCCGGGCCAGAGGGCUCACCUGCUCUUCCAGGCGCUGAGCGAGAAUGACACCCACUGCCUCCAGUUCAGCUACUUCAUGUACAGCCGGGAUGGCCACAGCCCCGGCACCCUCAGCGCCUAUGUCCGGGUGACGGGGGGCCCGGUGGGCAGCGCUGUCUGGAACGCCUCCGGCUCCCACGGCCACCAGUGGCACCAGGCGGAGUUGGCCGUCAGCUUGUUCUGGCCCAGCGAGUACCAGGUCCUCUUCGAGGCGGUGGUCUCCAGUGAGCGCAGGGGCUAUCUUGGCUUGGAUGAUAUUUUGCUCUUGAAUUAUCCGUGCUCGAAAGCGCCUCAUUUCUCCCGCCUGGGCGACGUGGAGGUCAACGCGGGGCAGAAUGCCACCUUCCAGUGUGUGGCCGCUGGCAAGGCUGCCGAGGCCGAGCGGUUCCUCAUGCAGAGGCAGAGCGGUGAGGUGGUCCCCGCUGCCUCUGUGAAGCACAUCAGCCACCGGCGCUUCCUGGCCACCUUCCAGCUGGACGAGGUGUCCAAGGAGGAGCAGGACCUGUACCGCUGCGUCACCCAGUCCAGUCGCGGCUCGGGCGUCUCCAACUUCGCUGAGCUCAUUGUGAAAGAGCCCAUGCGGGCCCCCAAAGGCCUGGCUUUCUCCGAAAUCCAGUCCAGGCAGCUGACGUUGCAGUGGGAACCACUGGGUUACAACCUGACCCGCUGUCACACCUACACCGUCUCGCUCUGCUACCGCUAUUUCGUGGGCACCGGCCACAACCAAACCUUCCGGGAGUGCGUGAAGAUGGAGCGUAACGCCAACCGCUACACCAUCAAAAACCUGCUGCCCUACAAGAACAUCCACGUCAAGCUCAUCCUCUCCAACCCUGAGGGUCGCAAGGAGGGCAAGGAGGUGAUAUUCCAGACAGAUGAGGAUGUGCCUGGCGGCAUUGCCUCGGAGUCCCUCACCUUCACCCCGCUGGAGGACAUGAUAUUUCUGAAGUGGGAGGAACCGGUGGAGCCCAACGGCCUCAUCACGCAGUACGAGAUCAGCUACCAGAGCAUCGAGUCCUCCGACCCGGCGGUCAAUGUGCCUGGCCCGCGGCGCACCGUCUCCAAACUACGCAAUGAGACCUACCACGUCUUCUCCAACCUCCACCCUGGCACCACCUACCUCUUCUCUGUCCGGGCCCGCACUGGCAAGGGCUUUGGGCAGACGGCGCUCACCGAGAUCACCACCAAUAUCUCCGCUCCCACCUUUGACUACGGGGACAUGCCGUCGCCGCUGAGCGAGUCAGAGAGCACCAUCACGGUGCUGCUGCGGCCGGCGCAGGGCAGAGGGGCUCCCAUCAGCACCUACCAGGUCAUCGUAGAAGAAGACCAGCCCAAGAAGCUCAAGCGGGAGCUGGGUGGGCAGGAGUGCUUCCCGGUGCCGCUCACCUUCGAUGACGCCAUGUCCCGCGGCUCUGUACACUACUUUGGAGCCGAGCUGCCCGCCAGCAGCCUCACCGAAGCCAAACCCUUCACCGUGGGGGACAACCAGACCUACAGUGGCUACUGGAACCCACCGCUGGAGCCCAAGAAGGCAUAUCUCAUCUACUUCCAAGCCAUGAGCAACCUCAAAGGGGAAACCCGGCUGAACUGCGUCCGGAUCGCCCGCAAAGCUGCCUGCAAAGAGAGCAAACGUCCCCUGGAGGUGUCGCAGCACUCGGAGGAGAUGGGCCUGAUCCUGGGGAUCUGUGCCGGAGGGCUCAUCGUCCUGAUUAUCCUUCUGGGAGCCAUCAUCGUCGUUAUUCGGAAAGGGAGGAACUACUAUUCUUAUUCCUAUUACCCAAAACCCGUCAACAUGACCAAAGCGACCAUUAACUACCGCCACGAGAAGACACACAUGAUGAGUGCCAUCGACAGGAGCUUCACCGACCAGAGCACGCUGCAGGAGGACGAGCGCCUGGGGCUCUCCUUCAUGGACACCCACAACUACGGCAACCGAGGUGACCAGCGCAGCAGCGUGGUCAAUGAGUCCAGCAGCUUGCUGGGGGGCUCCCCUCGCCGCCAGUGCGGCCGCAAAGGGUCCCCGUACCACACCGGGCAGCUCCAUCCCGCCGUGCGGGUGGCGGAUCUCCUCCAGCAUAUCAACCAGAUGAAGACGGCAGAAGGCUACGGCUUCAAGCAGGAGUAUGAGAGUUUCUUUGAAGGCUGGGAUGCUUCGAAGAAGAAAGACAAGACUAAAGGGAGACAGGAUCAUGUGUCGACAUACGACCGUCACCGAGUGAAGCUGCACCCGCUGCUGGGUGAUCCCAACUCGGACUACAUCAAUGCCAACUACAUCGAUAUUCGGAUUAACCGAGAAGGCUACCACAGGUCCAACCACUUCAUAGCCACACAAGGGCCCAAGCAGGAGAUGGUGUAUGACUUCUGGCGCAUGGUGUGGCAGGGGCACUGUUCCAGCAUCGUGAUGAUAACCAAGCUGGUGGAGGUGGGCCGGGUGAAAUGCUCCAAAUACUGGCCGGAUGACUCCGAGAUGUACGGGGACAUCAAGAUCACCCUGGUGAAGUCGGAGACACUGGCUGAGUACGCCGUCCGCACCUUUGCUCUCGAGAGGCGGGGCUACUCGGCCCGGCACGAGGUGAAGCAGUUCCACUUCACGUCCUGGCCCGAGCACGGUGUCCCCUACCACGCCACGGGCCUGCUGGCCUUUAUCCGCAGGGUGAAGGCAUCGACGCCGCCCGAUGCCGGCCCCAUCGUCAUCCACUGCAGCGCCGGCACGGGGAGAACUGGCUGCUACAUCGUCCUGGACGUUAUGUUGGACAUGGCUGAGUGCGAGGGCGUCGUGGACAUCUACAACUGCGUGAAGACCCUGUGCUCACGAAGGAUCAACAUGAUACAGACGGAGGAGCAGUACGUCUUCAUUCACGACGCCAUCCUGGAAGCCUGCCUGUGCGGGGAGACCAGCAUCCCCACCAGCGAGUUCAAGCCCACCUACAAGGAGAUGGUGAGGAUAGAGCCGCAGAGCAACUCCUCGCAGCUGCGGGAGGAGUUCCAGACCCUGAACUCGGUGACUCCGCACCUGGACGUGGAGGAGUGCAGCAUCGCCCUCCUGCCCCGCAACCGGGAGAGGAACCGCAGCAUGGACGUCCUGCCGCCCGACCGAUGCCUUCCCUUCCUCAUCUCCGUGGACGGAGACAGCAACAACUACAUCAACGCGGCCUUAACCGAUAGCUACACCAAGAGUGCUGCCUUCAUCGUCACCCUGCACCCGCUGCAGAACACCACCACCGACUUCUGGCGGUUGGUGUACGACUACGGCUGCACCUCCAUCGUCAUGCUCAACCAGCUCAACCAGUCCAACUCUGCCUGGAGCUUGAUGAUGGUGACGAUAGGGUCGAGUAUUCAUGGCCUGCUAACCAGAUUAGGUUUCAAAACUAACCAGAUUACCAGGUUGCAGGAGGGGCACCUGAUGGUCCGGCAUUUCCAGUACCUGCGGUGGUCGGCGUACCGAGACACCCCGGACUCCAAGAAGUCCUUCCUGCACCUCCUGGCCCAAGUGGAGAGGUGGCAGAAGGAGAGCGGCGAUGGCAGGACCGUGGUGCACUGCCUGAACGGAGGUGGCCGGAGCGGCACCUUCUGUGCCUCCACCAUGAUCCUGGAGAUGAUCAAGUGUCACAACAUGGCAGACAUUUUCUAUGCUGCAAAGACCCUCCGCAACUACAAGCCAAACAUGGUAGAGACCUUGGAGCAGUAUCAUUUCUGCUACGACAUAGCACUGGAAUACCUGGAGUCCCUGGAGACCAGAUAG